UGCGCGGGCUCGCUUUUGGGCAUCGGCGGGAGCGGGAGGCACCGCCACUCGAGUGCGCAGGCGCCUGGCGGUUACCGGUCUCGCCAUGGAGCGGAAAGGUGAGCGGUGAAGCGGCCUUCGCCACGAGGGGCAACGGCUGCCGGGGCGAGGCCCGGAUCACCGGCGGGAGCUUGGCCUAACCGCCGCAGUCGGGUAUCCGGGCGUGUGGCGCCCCUCCACUGAGGUGGCGCCGCCCCUCCACCCCCGCCUCUGGGCUGCUGGUCCGCGCCCCUCUGCCCGGGCGUCCUUCCACGCCAGCAGCCCUCGCCCGUUGUUCCCCACCAGGCUGGCCCGCGUCUUGGGGCCACUGCAGAGCCCCGCUGUCCGCGGGCGAGGCAGAUAUCCGGCCGCCGGCCCCCUGACCUGGCGCGAGGCCCCGCCGGCACACCCUGCCUGGGUGUUUCUUUGCGCCCCGUGGGUCUCCAGUCCCCUGGCCGGCCGUCUUGUUGAAGCCGCGGCGCUUGCCGCCGAGCCGCCCCGUAGGCAGACCCCGCACCCGGGCCUCGCGCCGCAGCUCGGUCUCCACCCUCACCUUGGUCGCCUCCUUUCCUCCACAUUCGCCCUUCAUCCAUCCCUCUCUCCUGCAGUGCUUGCGCUCCAGGCCCGAAAGAAAAGGACCAAGGCCAAGAAGGACAAAGCCCAAAGGAAAUCUGAAACUCAGCACCGAGGCUCUGCUCCCCACUCUGAGAGUGAUCCACCAGAACAGGAAGAAGAGAUUCUGGGAUCUGAUGAUGAUGAGCAAGAAGAUCCCAAUGAUUAUUGUAAAGGAGGUUAUCAUCUUGUGAAAAUCGGAGAUCUAUUCAAUGGGAGAUAUCAUGUGAUCCGAAAGUUGGGCUGGGGACACUUUUCAACAGUGUGGUUAUCAUGGGAUAUUCAGGGGAAGAAGUUUGUAGCCAUGAAAGUAGUUAAAAGUGCUGAACAUUAUACUGAAACAGCACUGGAUGAAAUCCGGUUGCUGAAAUCAGUUCGCAAUUCAGACCCUAAUGAUCCAAAUAGAGAAAUGGUUGUUCAAUUACUAGAUGACUUUAAAAUAUCAGGAGUUAAUGGAACACAUAUCUGCAUGGUGUUUGAAGUUUUGGGGCAUCAUCUGCUGAAGUGGAUCAUCAAGUCCAAUUAUCAAGGACUUCCACUGCCUUGUGUCAAAAAAAUCAUUCAGCAAGUGUUACAGGGUCUGGAUUACUUACACAGCAAGUGCCGGAUCAUCCACACUGACAUUAAACCAGAAAACAUCUUGUUGUCAGUGAAUGAGCAGUACAUCCGGAGGCUGGCUGCCGAAGCAACGGAAUGGCAGCGGUCUGGAGCUCCUCCACCUUCGGGGUCAGCAGUCAGUACUGCGCCCCAGCCUAAACCAGCUGACAAAAUGUCAAAGAAUAAGAAGAAGAAAUUGAAGAAGAAGCAGAAGCGCCAGGCAGAAUUACUAGAGAAGCGAAUGCAGGAAAUUGAGGAAAUGGAGAAAGAGUCGGGCCCUGGGCAAAAAAGACCAAACAAGCAAGAAGAAUCAGAGAGUCCUGUUGAAAGACCCUUGAAAGAGAACCCACCUAAUAAAAUGACCCAAGAAAAACUUGAAGAGUCAAGUACCGUUGACCAGGAUCAAACACUUACGGAACGUGGUGUAGAGGGUGGUGCAGCAGAAAUUAAUUGCAAUGGAGUAAUUGAAAUCGUUAAUUAUACUGAGAACAGUAAUAAAGAAACAUUGAGGCUUAAAGAGGAUCUACAUAAUGCUAAUGACUGUGAUGUCCAAAAUUUGAAGCAGGAAACUAGUUUCCUAACCUCCCAAAAUGGAGACGACAGCACAUCUCAAGAAACAGACUCUUGUACACCCGUAACAUCUGAGGUGUCAGAUACCAUGGUGUGCCAGUCUUCAUCAAAAGUAGACCAGUCAUUCAGUGAACGGGACAUGAGUCAACUUCAGGAAAGCAUUCGGGCAGAGAUACCCUGUGAAGACGAACAAGACCAAGAACAUAAUGGACCACUGGACAACAAAGGAAAAUCCACUGCUGGAAAUUUUCUUGUUAAUCCCCUUGAUCCAAAAAAUGCAGAGAAGCUCCAAGUGAAGAUUGCUGAUCUUGGAAAUGCGUGUUGGGUGCAUAAACACUUCACUGAAGAUAUUCAGACACGGCAGUACCGCUCCUUGGAAGUUCUGAUAGGAUCUGGCUACAGUACUCCCGCUGACAUCUGGAGCACAGCGUGCAUGGCCUUUGAACUGGCCACAGGUGACUAUUUGUUUGAACCUCAUUCGGGGGAAGAGUACACUCGAGAUGAAGAUCACAUUGCAUUGAUCAUAGAACUUCUGGGGAAGGUGCCUCGCAAGCUCAUUGUGGCAGGAAAAUACUCCAAGGAGUUUUUCACCAAAAAAGGUGACCUGAAACACAUCACGAAGCUGAAACCCUGGGGCCUUUUUGAGGUUCUAGUGGAGAAGUAUGAGUGGUCUCAGGAAGAGGCAGCUGGCUUCACGGAUUUCUUACUGCCCAUGUUGGAGCUGAUCCCAGAGAAAAGAGCCACUGCCGCCGAAUGUCUCCGCCACCCUUGGCUCAACUCCUAAGCCCCAGCCCAGGACUGCAGCAGAGAUCACGGGCUGGCCCUUCAGCCCUUCGCCCCACCCCUCCAAGCAUUUCCCUCUUCCCUUUUCAGGGUGAAGCUCUUCCCUCAAGGGUUUCUAGGGGUUUUUUGUUUCUGUUUUUUAAUCCAGCAUGUUCAUUUGGGUUUGCUUACUUGACCCUGUGGAGAUUCCCCCACAGCCAUUGGGCAUCCUAGGUGACUUUGGCCCUGAUUGGGCUUUGCCAAAGACAGUGGACUAAAAUGUGGAACAGCCUCUCGCCCUGUACCCUUGUCUUUCCAUUAGGACAUCCUUUAAAUUAUAAGCAGCCUUUUUAAAAAGAGCUUUGAGGAUGUAUGAGCUCAUCCUUUAAUUCACUGACUCUAAGAGUCUAAUUUUCUAGUGCAUAUCCUGCUGCCAGCAUAAGGAUGAGAAGGGGGAAGGGGUUACUUCUCUGUACAGCAGAGACAUUAAACGUGCUAUAUCCGGGCUGCAUCAUCUUCCUGGAUUGUUGCUGUUCUCUAUGUUCACAUUUUUUUCCUGCGACUUUUUAAGCUACUGUCUUUUAAAUGAGCUGUAUAAACACCAAAUUUGGGUACCAUUUUGUCACUGUUCAAAACACUCAUGUUUUUUUCAUCCUUUAAUAACUCUAAGAGCCUUGGAACUUCAGUCUGAUUUUUUAUGGAAACUGAAACAAAACCAUUGACUAGUAAUUUCUUCAGAACCUCAGAUAUUCUGCAAACAGUCCUUUCCCAUGUGUCUCCUGUUACCCUAACAGUGAGUUAUUUUGAUUGGCUCUUUGGGGUUUUUGUGUGUGUGUGUGUUAAUCCCUGGCAGGCACUCGACUCAUUUCACUUGUGUUUAUUGCCCCAAACUGAAGAAUUCCAGCUGACUCUAGAAAGGAGAUCUGGACCUCAGAGAUUUCCCAUCUAAGGAGAAAAUGUCCUGGAGUUCGUAUUUUUUUCCCAAGCAGUCCCCAAACUUUUGUUUACAGCUUUUACUUUGUCUUGUACAAAAUUUAGCUUUGAAGCAGUUUCCCUCUGUUGCUUUGCCUUUUGGGUUUUCUGAGGCUUCUGAUCCUAAGUGAAAUCCCAGGAUAAAAGAAUCAAGGGGGAGGGAUGGGAUGGCACUUUUUUCUUCCAUUAUUUCAGGGGGGUGGGAGGGGCGUAUUCGUUUUUAGGUUUUGGGUUGGUUGGUUUAAGAUUAGCCAUUCUCUGCUGCUAUUUCCUUGUAUAAUGUAAGUUUUUAACUGCAACUUUGAAAUAAUUGAGAUGUACUUGAGGCUUUUUCUUUUCUUUUUUUAAUGAGAAAAGUCUUUAUGAUCUUUAUCUUAGAAUGAGUCUCUCUCAGACUUCCCCUAGACUACAGAUUCCUUGGGUCAGAUUGAAAAGCAGAAGGGGCAUGACAGAGGUCGCAGCCGCUUGCUCAGCUGGGGCCAAGUGGGCCUUGGGAAAUACAGCGUUCUCCAGGGGCGGCUACAGGGCUCUGAAUCACAGAAGGCCAAGGAGGUGCCCCGUGAAGCUCUCCUGCAAAGCUACCAAUGAGACUUUGGUGUAGCCAACUUUCUAUACAGGAAUUAGAAUGUAGGUUCUGUCAUUUAUCUACCAACGGUGGCAAAGGAAAAAGUGAUACAAUUAUGCAAUCCAUUAAACUCAAACGCAUUACCCUGAGUAACUGUGGCCAGCCAUUCAUCAGAUCCUUGAUUGGGUAGUCCUGAAAUCAGAUAUGUUUCUAUAGAAAGAAUUUUAAGUGAGGCUAUCUAUGCAUCUAUCAAGAAUAAAGAGAAUAAAAAGAUUGCAUCGGACAACGGCAGGGAAAAUCCUUCAGCAAUUCUAGUCCACUUUGGGUUUUCAGCGACACACACACACACCCCGCCCCCUCCCCCCGCCCCCAAAGCAAUAGCAGGCUAGAACUAAAUUCUUUCCUACACUGUAAAAUCACAAUUGUGGAAUAACAGGAAUUCUGGGGAUGAUAUUAAGGUGAAGUAACCAAAACACAAAUGGAAGGCCCCAUUUAACAAUGGACAUGAAAAGAACUUUUAGUAGGAGAACCUGUAACUUCGUUUUGGAACUGUUUCACAUGAAAUAAGGGCUUUCCCCAUCAUUUAAGGAGCCAGAUGAACUAGAAGCUGUAGAAAGAAGCAGCUGUAGAAUUUGAUCUUCCAUGUACCCCAUGUACCUUUAUUGGAUUUAAUCAUAAUACUGUCAAAUUGCCAUGACCUCACUAAAGGAUUUCUAUUUGCUGUCAGUUAAAAAUAAAACUCUGAAUACAUUUUUAUUCUUUCUACUGG